AGAGAAAGCAGAGAAGGGAAAGGAAGGGAGGUGAAGAAGGGUUAAAGCAAACCCGAAAAUAAUAAGAGAGGAAAAUUAGAAUAAAUCGUCCUCCGCUUUAUCCUCUCGUUUGUCUCCGCUGUUGCUGAGUGGUAGCAAACGAAGACAACUGGUCUGGCGCUCUCGGAGAAAGCGAUGGUGGAGACAUUGGAAGAGGCGGCGGCGGCGGCCGCUGGGGAGGCCUGCUUCGCCGACGAGCUACUCCUCCUCGACUUCACCUCCAACGCGUACCACCCGUCCCUCGCCGCCGCGACGUCCGUGCCUGCCGCCGGAGCGGGGGAGUUGCAGCACCAGGCGCUCCUCCUCCACGACUUCUUCGAGCCGUCCGUCGAUGGCCUCCCGGGGCUGCCGGCGGAAGGGGAAGGCGGAGGAGAGGAGGAGGAAGAGGAGCUCGAGUGGCUCGCGAACAAGGACGCGUUCCCGGCGCUGGAGACGUCGUUCGAGAUACCCAUGCCGUCCCAGUCGCGCAGCAGCAGCAGCAGCGGCGCCGCUGCGGGCGCGGUGGGGGAGCGGCCGAGCCCUGUUUCGGUCCUGUCGGCCGCGGCUUCCUUCUCCGCGCCGGUCAGACCGAGGAGCAAGGGACGGAGGCGGCGGCGGAGGGUGCUGGCCGGCCUCUCCCCGGAGCCGGCCUGCAUAACCGCAGCGAGGAGAGCGACGGCGGUGGAGAGGCGCUGCUGCGGGCACUGCGGGGCGGAAGAGACGCCGCAGUGGCGGGCGGGGCCGGAGGGGCCGAAGACGCUGUGCAACGCGUGCGGCGUCAGGUACAAGUCCGGUCGCCUCGUGCCGGAGUACCGGCCGGCGAGCAGCCCCACGUUUUCCGCCGCCAUCCACUCCAACUCCCACCGCCGGAUCCUGGAGUUGCGCCGCCAGAAAGCUGCCCGGGAGCUGCGGAGCAACACCAGGGCGCCACCGCCCACCCUCUCGUUAAAGCAAAAUCCUUCCCCCUUAGCGAACUCUUUCCUCCAUUAGAGUACUCUCCUCCACGCUUUCGUUGAUUUUAGGGAGAAAGACAAAAAAAAAUGUCAACUUUGUGCUCAUUUGUUCAUUUAUUUUAGUGAAUCAUUUUCUCUUGUUUA